AGGGCCGCUCAUAUACGACGUGACGAGUGAGUCAUUCGUAGACGACGUGACGCGAAGAGCACUUCCUUUUCCUUUCAGACCUUAAAUCUAAAGCAAAACACGUUUUGAUUGAGCGUUGAUUUUGUGGUGAAUCUGAUCUUAAACUAUACUUAUAUAAGAUUUUGGUCGAGCGAUAAGAAGCUCAUCCACACCACAAAUGCCACCAAAGUUUGAUCCGACAGAAAUCAAGAUCGUAUACCUUCGGGCGGUCGGCGGCGAAGUGGGCGCGACCUCAUCGUUGGCCCCGAAGAUCGGACCCUUGGGUUUGUCGCCGAAGAAAGUGGGCGAUGACAUCGCAAAGGCUACCCAAGACUGGAAGGGUCUGAAGAUUACGGUAAGGCUUACCAUUCAGAACAGAAACGCAGUCAUAGAUGUGUGUCCGUCGGCCGCCUCUCUGAUCAUCAAAGCGCUGAAAGAGCCGCCGAGAGAUCGCAAGAAAGUGAAACACGUGAAGCAUAACGGAAACCUCACUUUCGAGGAAAUCAUUGCUAUCGCGAGAACUAUGCGCCCGAGAAGUAUGGCUCGAAAACUGGAAGGCACUAUUAAAGAGAUUCUGGGAACCGCUUCGAGUGUCGGCUGUACUAUCGAUGGAGCCGCUCCUCAAGACCUCAUCGAAAAGAUUAAGGCAAAGGAAAUCGAUGUUCCGGACGAGUGAUUGAAAUGAUUUAAAAUUAUUGAUUUUGAAAUAAAUAAUUUUUGAGAAAA